UCUUUGGCGGGAAACAAGAAUCCUUGGGAGGAUAAAUUAUUCCGCAUUUGCCACGUUACUUUGCCCCUCUACAUUUCCCCUUCAUGAAUGGUCAUGAUCAUUAUUGACCCGCCAAAACCAUUUAAUCCCCCCAUCUUCCUUCAUUCAAAUCACUUUACUUUCUUGAUUCUUCAUCUCCUCCCAUUUCUUCCUCAUUCCGCAACCACCACCAUCACCCUUCCAACUCCCUCUACUCUCAACCAAACCAUGCGGCUCAAAUACGGUGUAGACAAGUACAACAUGCCUCCAGAAGGAUUCACCUUCCCUAAAUUCAUAAACAAACAAACCCAAAACAAGCACGAUAACCUAAUCAAACACAGAAACUUUCACCUAGAAUUAGGGUUCUCUCUCAACAACAACGAGCCAUUAUACGGUCUUCCAAUCAAAUUAGCAUCAACAAUCGACAAACACAACUGGAAAACUUUCGUCAACCACUCUGGUAACCCCUACGCAUCCAUAGUUCGAGAAUUCUACUCUUGCAUUCUAGAAAGAAAACAAAAUUUUGUAUUAGUAAGAGGUGUUCGUGUUUGUUUCACACCAAAAACCCUAAAUUUUCACUUUAACCUCAUCAAGGAUCUAAAAUGUAAUGAUAAUGAUGUAGUAGACGAGUAUCAAUGUUUGAAGAAUACUGUGUCUGAUGAGAAGCUUAAUUCUAUUAUGAAAACCCUAACUGUAAGAGGUACUAAUUGGAAAACAGAAAAGGGUAAAAACGUUUGGAAGAUUCCAUUUUUAGCACUUAAGGCUAUUCCUAAGGUUUGGUACCGAUUAAUUUGCACUAAGCUUUUGCCAAAUUCAAAUUUUCAAAGUGUUGAUAAGGAUAGAUUGUUGUUGCUUUAUUGUGUUGUGGAAGGGUUUAGUAUCAAUGUAGGGAAGAUUAUAUAUGAUGAGAUUAUUGCUUGUGCUUUUAAGAAAAAGAAGAAGGAAAGAUUGUUGUUUCCUUCGCUUAUUAGUGAUUUGUGUGUUAGAAAUGGGGUGCGUGUAGAGGAUGAUGAUGAGGUUGUGAUUAAUCGAGAAGCUAUAGGCUUAUGUGAUUUAGAAAGAUUUUUCGAAGAUGAAGAUAUGGAUAGUAAAAGAGAGGGAUUUGUUGGAACUGAGGAGGAACACUUUGUUGGAACUGAGGAGGAACGGUUUGUUGGAACUGAGGAGGAACGGUUUGUUGGAACUGAGAAGGAACAAUUUGUUGGAGGUGAUGAAGCUUUUGUUAGAAGUGUGAUAUUUCAGCAUAUGCAACAAACUAAGGAAUUUUGGGGCUUUUUCAAGGAGGUCUUUAAUUACGAAAGGAAAAUGUUUGAGUUGAAUUUUGAGAAGAAAGUUAUGAACCCCCCUAAGUUUCCAGAUGAAAUCCUACAACCUUUCAUGACAGAUCCUAUGCAUGAAAAGGGAAAAAAUCAAGACACGGGAGAACCAGGACUCAAUUCGUUUGUGCAGGGUGGUGAUGAUGAGGAUUCAGAGGAAAAAGAGGGUAGUGACAAAGAAAUGAGUGAUGUGGAGUAUGAUUGGAGUCCUUCUUCACCUCCACCUCCACAAUCACCUACCAAAGCCAACACUAAAACAAAAACUACUCCAAAUGUAUCUGUCAUGCGAAACAAAAAGAAGAGGUCCUCUGUGGAUAUCAAUACAAAUGAUUCCAAGCAUGAUGGAAAUGGAAAUGAAGAGGAUGUGAUUGGCGUCGAAGAAGCUCAGCCAGUUGGAAAAGGUAAAAAGAGGUACAAGACUACAGUUGGCCGAAGGACCAGCUCCAGGCUCAGUGCUAAGAACUAGUGUUGUCAAAUAGCGACGAUUGCAACGCCAUAGCAUAGUGGAGUUUGAUGAAUCUGCUAUUUUCCAACAAUGCUAUCCACUAUUUCACAUAGUGGGUUUUUGGUUGUAUGCUAUUGAUAACCUUGAUAUUUGGUAACUGUUUUCUUAGUUUGUGAAUUUGUGUUUGUGGGUAUCUACUGUCCUACGUUGCCUAAA